AUGGGCCUUUCCCUGCGUUUUGGGGCAUUUUUGGCCUUAUGUGCGUCCUCCGAGUUCGCGGAGAGGGCCGAGGGGCUAGGCAUACAGUCGGAACUAACAUGUUCGCGACCACAGGGGGAGGGGAUAAUAAGCUUAGACAGAGGCUCACCGACUUGCUCAUACGUCCCAGGGGUGCCGCUCGGAACGAGCUCCAAUAAAAAAACUUCAUCUAGUCUUCAGGACUUAUCGGAUCAAGGUGGCACCAAGGCCUCCUUUGUUGAACUCGUUUCGCUCACUCGCCGCAGAGAUGAGCUGUUCUCGUUGGCGCUCUCUUCUGUUUUGGUGGUGGUUUGCUCGCGCGAUGGCUUGUUGGAAGUCCGCAAUGUAGCUGACACUUCAAAUGUCGUCCUCUUCAGGACCGCACACGCAGCCCCAGUGAUAAGCCUCACGGUAUUUCCUAAAGGAGAUGACUUCGCAGUGCUGACGACGGAUGAAGCGGGCAAUGCCUUAGUGCAUAUUUUGAAUGCCACUCGCUCCGAGUCUUCGGAGACACCUACACGAGGAGGAAGUUCGGCUGCCGAGACGCGAACACCAGGGCGCGUACUCAUUGAACCGCUGGGGCUGUCCAUCACGCCGGCAGAAACUUUUAGAGUCUCGCCAGGGGGCAGCCAGAGACACAACUGCGUCAGCGCUGCCACAAUAAAAGGAGAGAGAAUGGUGCUGGUGGGAGGUAGCAGCGGAGUCGUGAGCGGGGUCUUAAAGGCCAGCGUGCGGGUGACCAACGAAGAGGGAGGCAUUUUGCAUUUAGCGCAUUCAGCAGGGUUCACUGUCUUCGCGACGCGGACGUGUAUAGGCCACAUCAACCCGUUCGCUACGCAUGCUACAGGGAAGCUCUCGUGCAUAGGUGCUUCCUUUCCCAUUGUCUCCUUCGCCUUGGACCCGCGUAAAAGCGGCCGAGUAGCGGUCUCUUUGGCAGACGGCCAAGUCCUUUACCUCGACCUGAAGACUUGGAGCAGUGAGCAGACACUCACCACUGCCUGUAGAGGGAUGGGAAUCAUGCUUUGGUGUGAAACAAGCUCUCUUACUGUCUCUAUCAGUUGUUACUUCUUGCUGUAUGACUCUUUUGCAUUCGUUUGGACUGCCUUAAUUCUCCUAUUGGCAAAAAGUACCUGGGGACUUGCGAGAAAACGUUGCGGGGAAAAUGGAGACAGCAGCAGGAAGGGUUUGGUUGCAUCCUCUUCCGCAUUGCUGUGCACACCUCGCGCGGUUGGUGCUGCUGUUGCAGCGCCAGGUGCUUCUACAGCCACUGGUCGUGUUGGAAGUUCAGCCUUCAAGAUAGGAAAAGGACCCGUUUCGUGCAGCAGUUGCCUGUACAUCGCAGCACAGUUCAAGCCAUAUGUAACCGACAGGACUGCCCCCUCGCUCGUUUAUACUGCGAGUUUUAUUUUUCUUUUGAGUUCAGACCAAAGAAUCCAGGCUCACACGCUCACACACGCCUUCCCCUCCCUCUCUCUUGGCUCGACAACUUCUCACCCUCCCCCUGUUCCCGGAUUUAUUGUAGACAGCUUACCGCAAGAAAUGUCUAGAGGGGAGAUUCUUACCCCUCCAUCUACACCUGGAGUAACUCCUCCCAGUAUUUAUCUUUCUGUUGAUGCAGGAGGAGGUUCCCCACAGGGGACGACAUUGGGGGCUUCACGAGCCCAAUGGUUUUUCCAUUUAUCUUAUCCGAGCUCGUGCGUUGCCUGUGCUGCGGCGGCUGCUGAUAUACUAUGUUUGUGUCGCGUCUAA